AUGUGUGAAAUUAAUACUGAAGAAGUAAUCAUUGGUGAAAGGACUCCUCAUGAGCUCCAUGAUGAGCUAUUGAGGGUGAAUGAAACUAUGAAGCAAAUGUUGAGUCGCACAUCUAUAGCAUCUUUUCUCGACAUUGAUACCUGCAUUGGCCAAGCUGUGCCAGCUUUGUAUAGAGAUGGCGUACCUCUAACUGAUCUUUCCGGAACAGAUACCAUUCCAGAAUUUGAAGCCGCCGGCCACCCGUUAUUCCGAGAUCAAGACCGCUUUCUGCCUGAACAUCAUGUCGUUGGGGAUAUAUUGAACCUUAUACCAUCUCUAGCCAGCGUUGCUGGUACUUGGCCAGCUGUAAAUAUGAACAUGUUCCUGCAUCUCUUCAAUCCUGUAGGUGCGGAGCAGGUCUGCACCAACAUCUUGAAUCUACUUCACUCAAAGGCAGGAUCUCUCCUUACCGGUACUCAAACUGGAAUCAUGCGGCCGGGGAAACUCGUGCUUGAGCCUCCGGUGUGCGAGCCAGAAGAAUUUAAGACGAUAUACUGGAAUAGCGCGGAAAAAUUGAUUGAGAUGUGGCAGAGAGUAGCUAAGAAGUUGAGUAUCAACAUAAAAACUACUGCGGAGUAUGAUGAGGAUGAAGAUCCUGAAAGCAGCGAUUCAAGUAGCUAG